CUCAGUACCUUCUUUCUUCUGCCCCUGUCUUUGGUCUCGUGCCAGCCCCUUCCACCUUGUCCCUCCCUUCUCUGCAUCCCCUCUUCCUCUGUCUCACCCCAUCAAGUUCCUCAACUCUCUCUUCAUGCGUUGGGAGGCUACCCCUGCCUUUCCCUCUCGUAAGUUGUAAGCACCCCCUUCCACCUUGUCCCUCCCUUCUCUGCAUCCCCUCUUCCUCUGUCUCACCCCAUCAAGUUCCUCAACUCUCUCUUCAUGCGUUGGGAGGCUACCCCUGCCUUUCCCUCUUGCCCUCUCCUUGGCGCUAA